AUGACUGACCGGAGUGUACGAGAUAAAGGUGAUAGCAGAGGCGGACGAGGACGCGGCGCACCUAGAGGAGGAGGAGGACGAGGAGGAGGAGCCAAGGGAGGCGCAAAGACCAUAGUUGAACCCCAUCGCCACGCCGGUAUCUUCGUCGCCCGUGGAAAGGAAGACAUGCUGGUAACCAAGAACCUGUCCCCCGGCGUAUCCGUCUACGGCGAAAAGCGCAUCAGCGUCGAGAACUCGAGCGGCGCCGACGACACCGUCUCCAAGACCGAAUACCGUGUCUGGAACCCCUUCCGCAGUAAGCUGGCAGCUGGUGUCCUGGGAGGUCUGGACGAGAUCUUCAUCAAGCCCGGCGCCAAGGUGCUGUACCUGGGUGCUGCCUCUGGCACAUCCGUUUCGCACGUUGCUGAUAUCGUUGGACCGACCGGGACUGUCUUCGCAGUCGAGUUCUCGCAUCGUUCCGGCAGAGAUCUGAUAAACAUGGCCACGCACCGCACAAACGUCAUCCCAAUCAUCGAGGAUGCGCGCCACCCGCUGAAAUACAGAAUGCUCGUCUCCAUGGUCGAUGUCAUUUUCGCCGAUGUCGCACAGCCAGAUCAAGCACGUAUCGUUGGUCUCAACGCACAUUUAUUCCUCAAGGUCGGAGGUGGUGUCGUGGUGUCUAUCAAGGCGAAUUGUAUCGACAGUACUGCUGCGCCCGAAGCCGUGUUUGCACGAGAAGUUACCAAGUUGAGAGAGGAGAGGAUCAAGCCUUUGGAACAAUUGACACUUGAACCUUUCGAGAGAGACCACGCCAUGGUCGUCGGUCGCUAUGUUCGCUCUACCACAUAG